GAAACCCUAACAAAAAUGUCCGCCGACGUCGCGCCACCGGGCGACAUCUCUACCUCCGCCCCAUCCCCAACUCCGCCGCCGCGGCCUUCCCUCUCCCUCCGCCACUACAACACCCUCGCCGUCGCGACCAUCCUCGGCGCCACCGGCAUGGUCUCCGCCGGCUACAUCGCCGUCGCGGUCUUCCCGAUCGUUUACCUCCACUUCCUCUCCAAAGUCGCCUUCCCGCCGGAGUCCUCCGGCGCGCCGCCGCUGGUGUACAGCCGGAGCAAAAACAAAGUCCUCGGCCCCUACAUCUUCGCCGCCGCCGUCGUCGGACUGUACCUCCCCACAGCGUACAUCCUUGACGGCAUAAUUUCCGGCGACAAGGACGGGAUCACGGCGGCUGUCCCUCACCUGUUCCUGCUUUCCGCUCAGGUCUUCAUGGAAGGCGCGUCGUACGUCAGCGGUUUCUCGUUGCCGGUCCGCGCCUUCGUGCCGGUUUUCUACAAUUCCGUACGGAUUCCGACCAUUUUGGAGUGGCUCGCCGUCGAAUUCUCCAAAGACGGCACCGGCCGGAGAAUCUACGCCGGCAGAGGUCUCGCCGUCGUAAAUUUUGCCCUUUGGAGCUUCAAUUUGUUUGGAUUUCUGCUGCCGUUUUAUCUCCCCAAAACCUGCAAAUUGUAUUACUCCAAAUUCAAGGGUUCUUGAAUUAAUAAUAAUUACUUUUGUUCCAA